CAUCAUCACUUUACCGAGAACCAUCGAUCCGUCCAAACGCGCCCGUUUAUACGAGGCGUCGUGCCCGUGCCGUGCGUGCGUGUCGUGGCUGUGCCAACAAGGGGGGUGAGUGCUAGCGUGCGUACCUGCGCCCACCGUCAUCGCCGUCGUACUUCGUUCGAUUUCACCCUUUACCCCGUUGCUGGCUGCAUUCUAUUGGCAACACGCAGAACAUCUCACGAAACCACGGAGCGUUGCAAAUCCGUCUUUUUUUUUUUAUGUUUAAUUUUGACGACAACGACAACGGUGUGCGUUUGCGAUAUCGUGCAGCUGUGUGUUCGUGUGUGGGGUGUGGGUUUUGUGGGUUUCACCUUGGGCUGUGUGGUUUGCUGACGACUUAUCAACAGGUACCGCAGAACGACAACGUCGACGACGGUACCAGAUGUCGUUAGGGCGACGCAUAGCUCGCCACGGCUCGGCACAGCGCGGUCAGAGUCAGUGAGGACAGCUCGCAACAACGGACAUCGUGUCCACCACCCACCGCCUCUUUCUUGGCUUCGGUUGAACGUGAACCAGCGAGAGCCAGCAGCAGCGCGCACAACACCCAUUCCGUGUUGGCCGCUUUCGCAUUCGCCAUCGUCGUCGUCGUAGACAUCGUAGAGCCCUUUGCUCGAGAAAAACCCACCGCGAGAAGAGGAGCAACAGUCAUCGUCGUCGUCGUCGUCGUCACGACCGCGAUCCGCAGCUCGCUUGGUGUUGUUGUUGUUGUUGUUGGAGGUGCUUCAGCCCCGCGAUCAGCAGGCCAGGUGUGACGGUGUGUGAAAAGAGGAAGUGGAGGUAGGUGCGGAUGAACGAGAUCGCAUCCGACCCAGAAGAUCAGCAGAAACACCGGAUUGUGCGCGAAGUGUGUGCGAAAGAGCAGCGGACCGAACGAAGUAGGAAGCCAAAGCGAAGAAAACAAACAAAGCGAACGUACGAGGAAGUUGUCUUUUGAUCGAACGGUCGUCCCACGGUGUUGUGUGCGCGCGUGUGUGUGUGUAUGUAGGUGUCCGGUUUGUGGACAACCCCGUUCGCAUCCCGUUUUACCACCCCCCCUGCCUGCUGCUUUCAAGUGCAGUUCCAGUCCGCACAAAAUCAUCCCGUGAAAAAAGUGAAAUCGAAUCCGGAGAUAAUUCCUACGUCGUCUCCGUCGUGCGUGUGUCUAUCCCUGUGUGUGUGCGUUUGAAAAACAAAACAAUCGAACACACACACAACGAAAACGACUUCGAACAACGACACGCGGUGGUGGGUUGUGAAUGCAACGCAGCAGCAGCAGCAGCACCGAAGUGGAGUGGAGUGGAAACGCGAAGAAACACCAAACCACCUUUCUGCGGUUGUCUGCUGUCGUGUGUUGGUGGUGGGUGACACGGAACUUUGAGGCAGCAUAAACGGGAGGCGCAUCAUCAUCAUCAUCAUCAUCAUCACAAAGCGCAAUCCCCGGGUCCAUCAACAGCAUCGCCACCGUCCAGCAAAACCCAGGCAAAAUGUUGAAGAACAAAGCAAGCGAGGAAAAGAUUGACACGCUGCUGUCCAAAAGUCAAAUACCGAUCAUCGAUCUCGCACACUGUGGAACGGAGGAAUGUCCCAUUCGAUCGGUAGUGAACCGUGUCGGUCAUCAGCUGCACAAGGCACUAGCCGAGAAAGGCAUCGCACUGCUGGUAAACCAUGGAAUUUCGGAAGAGAAGAUGAAGCUCGCGUACGGUCACCUGGACGAUUUCACCAAGCUCUCGGAUACCACAAAGGAGACGUACCUGCGCCAGGGUGAAACGAACCACGGUUACAUCAAGCCGGGCCAGGAGCGAUUCGAUGGCAAAACGAAGGACCUGCGACACACGUACAACAUCUGCACGCUGAAACCGGAGGAUGGUGCGCUACCGGAUGAACCGCUGCCCGGUUUCCGGGAACACAUGUCCGAUCUGGCGACGGACUUCAAGCGCCUAUCGGCGCUCCUACUACAAGCUCUGGCCGUCGGUAUGGAGCUACCGUACUCGUACUUCGUCGAGAAGCAUCGUCACAUACUGGAUGGCGAGGGAGAGAACCAGUCCACAUUCCGCCUGCUCUACUAUCCGCCACUGAUCGAGGACGAUGGAAAGAACGAGCUGCUGCGGGGUACUUGCAAGUACAGCCAGCAGCGCUGUACCAAGGACGAGAUUGACCUGUCGCUCCCCGAGGACUAUCGUGCCCGGGUGCGCGAGGAACAGGAAGCGCUCGAGCAGCAAGAGCAGCAAGUGACACGUUGCGGAGCGCACGCCGAUUACGGUACCUUCACGCUGCUUGCCCAAGACUCGGAGGGUGGGCUGGAGGUGAAGCUUCCUGGGACGGAUCGGUGGAAGCGCGUUGGCCAUCUACCCGGUGCGAUCCUCAUCAAUGCUGGCGAGCUGCUGGCGACGUGGACGGGCGAAAAGAUCAGUGCGCUGCAGCACCGUGUGAUCAUACCGGGCGAGGAAUCGAUUCGUACCCGCGGCCGUCAUUCGUUGGCAUUUUUCGUCCAUCCUGACAAUUGCAUCUCGAUCACUCCGAUUGAUCUGCCCGCGUCUAGCUCAUCGAAUUCGCUCGAUACGGACGAGAAGAAGGGCGCUAAAGGGCGCAAAAAGUCCUUCAAAACGGCCAAAAACAAGAUCUACAAUGCAUAUCAACACGUACAGCGACGCUUCAAGGAGACGUACGCUUCGUAGGUUGGCGCCGCCGGGGGCCAUCAUUUUGUGUCGGUGUGUCCGUACGCCAGUCGCCUGCCAACCAACCUACCAGCCAACCAGCCCACAUCAAUCGCGUCCCCCAUCCGCCGUGUGCUGUGUAUUUAUGAGACUUAGCCCCAAUUUAUUCCACCACCACCAAUUUCAAUAUUUGAUUCCUUUCUCCUGGUGUAUUUUUUUUAAAUGAAACAAUAUAAAAUACUAUUAAAAACCGA